AGCACCCGGCAAGUGCUCGCCGUUCUCCCCUCGCCGCUCUCCCCUCGCGGCCCGGCCAGCUCCAAGCCGAGGAGGCCCAGGCUCGGCUGCCCCGCUGCCCGACCGUCCGGCGCGAGGAUGCGCUCUUUGGCGCCGGCCUGCGCUCGCCACUCACACGCCCCCUGUGCUCCGAACCCGUCAGCCACUGCCGGCCCUCACGGAGCCGCCCCGGCCUUCGCCCGGCGCUCGGCCUCUGGGCCGCCGCCCGGGAACCGCGCCGCCCCCGCCCUCCGCCUGGCCGGCUCCCGUCCUCCCCGCCACAUCCUGACCCGCCCGCCGCCCCUUUUCUUACCGGCGGGCGUGCAGGCUUCGCGGGGCGGAGGGAGCCGACUCGAUCGGCGGCCUCCCCCGCGCCCGGGCCCGCGGUCUCUGCCGCUGGUGAGUCCUCGGGCUGCGGGCGUCUCGGGGUAAGCUGGAGUCCGUGAGAAGGAGGGGGAAGGGGAAGGACGCGGAGGGGAAGGGGAAGCCCCGGGCCGCGGCACCAACGCGCGAUCCCCUGCGGAGCGGAUCCAACAAUCAAUUCAUUACUGAAGCACCAACGGCGAAGGCAGCAAAAGCGAGAAGUAACGAGCCGUCGUCGUCGCCGCGGCCACGCGCGCGCUCCCGCUCCCGCCGCUUAUCGGCUCCCGGCAGCCGCCAUGACGCCGAGAGAGCGAGCGCAACCGUCUCCGUCGUAGCCGCCUCCGCCGCCGCCAGCCACCACCGAGGUCGCCGUCGCCUCCGCCUCCCGCGCGACGUAAGCUCCUCUGCUCACUCCCCUUCCCCACUGGGCGCGAGGCGGGCCGGCGGGCGAACGGGCGCGCGCACGCCAAACACCUUCGGCUGGCGCGCGGGCGGUGGGAGGGGCUACGUUGUGGAGUCGUGGGGUGUAGAAGGAAAGCUAUUGGUGCUGAGACGGGCCAAGGGUGAGUGCGCGCACGCGCAUGAAUGGGAGCGCGCACGCUGGCCGCGCGGAGGCCUCCGGACUCCGGCCACGACCGUGGGUUGGUGAUCCUUGCUCGGGCGCCCUCUCUUAGAGGCCGGGAACUGAAUUCCGGGAAGUGGGAGCUGCAGGCUCGCUCCGUGCGGAAGUGCUCUGGUUUGGACUGCAAGGAGCACAGUACUACUAGAGCAGACAGAACUGAGGAAGAUGAAGCUGCACAGGAGCCAGGCUCUUCAGGGCCCAAAGCCAGGUAAAGAAGUGGGUUUGAUCUUGGUGGCUCAGUUAAGCGUCCAAGUCUUGAUUUCAGCUCAGUUCAUGAUUUCAGGGUUGUAAGAUGGAUGCUGGGCAUCAAGCCUGCUUGGGAUUCUCUCUCUCUCUCUCU